AUGACAGAUUCUGUUCCACAAACUUCAUGUUCAAAUCAUUAUUAUAUUUCUUCUGGUAUUGCCAAAUUUAACAUAACAUGGAAUAUUCCCAAUUUUACAAAAAUUAGAAAAGUUUACCUAAAGAAUUUGAAUUUAAAAAGUUUGCCAUUCGAAGAUAAAAAUUUGUCUGGUUUAUUUUGGGAAAUUCAUCUUAGUGAUGGUAAUUAUCAUGAAGAACUAAAACUAAGCUUAAGAUUGAAUUCAAAAAAUGCUGAAAGUAAUGUUACAGCAGGAAUAUUAUCAAUAUCAACUACUAUGAAUAAUUCCACUGUUAAACAGUUUGAAAACAUUUGUGUUCUUUCAAAUAAUGAAUUUAUUACAGCCCUUAAUUUAGCUGGACAUAAAAGUACACUUGAUAAUGAUUCUUUAACUAUACUUUUAGAAAUUAAAUAUGCUUUGAAUGAAAAUAAGCAUAAUUUUAUUUCUAGUAGCAUGACUUCUGAUACAUUGGACGGAGAUUGUACAAUUAUUUGUGGUGACAAAAAACUUAUGGUCAUUAAAUUUCGACUUACUUUAUUUAGUCCUGUGUUUAAAGCCAUGUUUUCUAACAAAAAUACAUCAGAAUCAAAAACAAAUUGUAUUGUAAUUUCUGAUUCAUCAAUUGAAGAAGUAGGAUAUAUGGUUUAUUUUUGUUAUAAUUUAAAACUACCACAAAAUCUUAGUGUAGAAGAUUUUACAAAAUUAUUAAAAUUAGCUGAUAAAUAUGAAAUUAAAUUACUUAAAUUUAAGUGUGAAGAAAUACUUAUGGAUGAAAUAUCAAAUGAUAAUGUUUGUGAUUUUCUUGAACUUGCUGAUACUUAUCAUUCUAAAAUCUUGAAGGAAAAAUGUAUUAAAAAAAUAAAACAAUCGUUUCUUAUCGUAUCAAAUGAUGAAAAAUUUUUACAUUUAAGGAAAAAUAGUCCAAAAUUGAUUAAUGAAGUUUAUGAAUUUAUCUUUUUGAAAAAUAAAUCUCAUAAAAUUGAGUGA